UCCAUGCAGUCCUACUUCAAGGGGGAAUACUACUCUCAGUCAGGGGUAUGUCUCGCCUUACCAUUGACUGACAUCGAACAACCAGGUGCUGAAUAUUCGUUUGCAGUGUUUGUUUGUCUCAACUGUCUCGUCUUUUUAGCUAUAGCCAUAGGGCAAAUCGGCAUGUUUAAAAGUUUGAUUUCAAGCCCAGGGCGUCGUAUGGCCUCGUCACAGUCUCGUCAACGGGAUAUAUCUGUAGCAAGAACUCUCUUUAUGGUGGUGGCGACCGACUUUUGCUGUUGGUUUCCGAUCGGCGUAAUGGGAGUGAUUUCAAAAUUUGGAUACCAGAUGCCGCACGGCGUUUAUGCGUGGGUUAUGGUGUUUGUUUUGCCAAUCAAUGCUGCCAUCAAUCCAUUCUUGUACACGGCCUCAGCUAUAUGGAGGAAGCGACAAAGAGAACAACAGAUUGCAAUGACGACGUCAAAGAAAAACACCAGAAGGAUUAACGCGAAAUCGAGAUGAAUAUACUUUAACAGCCAUUUCAACCGAGUAUGUCUGAAGACUCGUCAAUUCCUCUGUCGUUUGUUAGAGGCGUGGUAACUGUCUUUGCAAGAAGUGUAAUACAACUUAGCGAAAGACACCGCUGGAAAGAACGGGGAUUACUCCAUUUUUGUUUGUAGAUUUGUGAA